ACGAUGUCAGUCAGGUGACUGGACUUCCUACCGACAAUUACGUAUGCAGAAUGACUUUGCGUUUUCCGAUCCCGGGUUCCUAGAAAUCCUAUUUGUUCUAGAAAUAAAGUAUUUAUUCUGCAAUAUGCCACGUACCACCAAGUGAAUAUUAUACGGAUAUCCCUGCAUGAAAUACAACCGUUGAACAAGCACUGUCUCACUGAUCGACGGUAUUGCUGACAGAAUGUCUGAGACUCUACAGCCAGUAGUGUUCCUCUCCCACGGCGGCGGCCCCUCCUUCUUCAUGUCUAAGGCUGAAUUCCCUGCCUUUAAGGCAAUAGACAAGGACUCCAAGGCUGCAGACUACCUCAGGAACAUGGUCAAGCUGGAGAAGCUGCCCCAUCCAAAGGCCAUCCUGGUUGUCAGUGCUCACUGGGAGGAGCGCCACCCCACUGUCAUGACCAACCCCUCCCCACCCCUGUACUUCGACUACUAUGGGUUUCCUAGCAACACAUACAAGCUGAAAUGGCCCUCCCCUGGGGCUCCGGAAUCAGCUGAGAGAACCAGGCAGGUGCUGGAGGCUAGGGGGUUUACUUGCGGUGCUGAUGAAGAGCGAGGUUUUGACCAUGGUGUCUUCGUCCCACUUCUCUUGAUGUACCCCAAAGCUGAUAUUCCAGUAUUCCAGCUGUCCCUCAUGUCCAGCCUCAGUAUGGAAAAGCACCUUGACCUUGGGGAGGCAUUGUCUGACCUUCGGAAAGAGGGUAUCCUGAUAAUCGGCAGUGGCUUCACAACCCAUGGGAAGAACAUGAUUGGAGACGAUGGGCCUCCAGCCCCGUGGGUUCUGGAAUACCAGAAGUGGCUGCAUGACAUCCUGAAAAACCCGGAUUAUUCACGAGAAGACAAACGGAGGAAGCUGAUUGGCUGUGUCAGCAAGCAGGAAUUUCCCAAAGCACAUCCUCGUAUAGAACACUUUCUGCCGAUAGCACUGACGCUUGCUGCUGCAGGCUACACGGCGCCAAGGAUUGCUUACUCCGAGAUCGUAUCUACUGGGGGAAUUCUUGAACAUUAUGUGUAUAGUGACUGAUCUGCCACCCUGACUGGUUCAUUCUGAUGAAAUAAUGAUGGUGUGAUUUGGUGAAUAUAUGAUAAACAUGAAUAAUAUAUAUGGUAUUGGUUUAGCAAUAAGACAUAUUUAAUUUGUUUUGAUAUAUAUGUCAUUUAAAAUACAAGGGUUUGUAAGCAAUAUUCAUGAAUUAUUAUGACUUGCAUGGUCAAUAACAUGCAUAUAUUUACUAGCAUUUUAUUGACAAUAUUUUUGAAGCUUUACAAAAGUUUCACACUCUUUAUAGACAUAUUGCAAAUGGAUAUACAGGUAUACACAGGGUAUGUACUAUUAAGAUACAUUGUUCUGUUCUGUAUGGAGAAGUGGGAGUGUAAGACUCCUUACCCUUGGCUGCCUAACUGUUGUAAGAUAGUGUUGGGUGGCCAAGUGGUAUAAGCACUCACUCGUAAUGCUUAUGGUCUGGGUUUGAUUCCCACAGGAGUACACCAUGUGAAGCGUAUUUCUGGUACUCAUGGCCACAAUACUGCUGGAAUAUUGCUAAAAAUAGCACAACACCAUACUCACUCACGUUCUAUUUACAACUUUGUGAAUCCUGUGUUCUUCCGUCGUUUCAUUUUUAUUUUAUUUUUUAUGUCCAAAGAUGUUGAAUGUGUUGUUUUUAGGAGUAUGAUAUUUUUAGAAUAUCAUAGUAAAAAAUCUUGCAAUGAAACAACAA